GUGGUAGUUUAGAAAGAAACCAAGAAUCACAUAUAGUAAAGGCAAUGAAUUUCAUGCAACAAAAAGGUGGUAGCCUCGAACGUAAUCAAAAAUUAUCGGAUUCUUAUGAAAUGAUGAGAAAUCGUGUAAAGCGCAGUAGUAGCUUAGAACGUUCAAUUACACACAAUAGUGUUAUGAGAUUUAUGAUGCAACCAGGUAAUUACGAAAGAAAAACUUUUUAUAAUAUGCGCCGCAAUCAAUUGAAAUUAGAAGAAGAACCUUUAAGAGAAGAUAUCUAUGAUUUUGGAAGAAAUUUACCAGACCCUGCUAUUAAUAAAGGAGUCUGUACAGCAGUUGUUCAAGAGUCGCCAAUACCAAAUUUGAAUUGCGAAAAUUUUUCAAAGAACACAACAUACACACCAAUGGCGCCAUGCACAACGGGAAGUCAUCCAAUUAAUGAAAUACAAAAUUAUAAUAAUUACCCUUUUAAUGAGGUAGUAUCUGAUCCUCAACAUCAACCAACAGUGGCAACAUUUCAACAUAACGACACUCAGAGAGCAUCCGAAAAUAUAUCUUUUUAUAAUCAACAUGCAUAUAAAAAGAGAAUUGAGGAUUCUAAAUGGACCGGAUCAAUCAAAGGCGCAGAAAAUAUGGAGAAACGUUUCAGUUUGAAUAUUUUAAAUUCUUCUGAUAAUGAUUCUUUAGCGUCUGGUCCGUCAAGUCUACCCGAUUGUAUUCAAUUUAAAAAGAAAAAAGACGGUAAUAAUCAAAUGUCAAAUAGUGAUACAAGUGAUAAAGCUGGACGGCAUAUAGACCGGAACAAUGAUGAAGUUUAUGUCGCAACUACGAGCGUAGUGAAAGCAAUUAUGAUGUUAUCGCAAGGUGUAGAAAAAUCCAAUGCUCAAAGCUAUUUAGACUUAGUGAAAACUGUGGGUUUCGAAUUGAGAAAUCUACUUAAAUCUGUUGACAAAUUAUCAUAUGUGUUCCCCGCUGAAGCACACAGAGAAGUGGAAAUGGCACAUAAAGUACUUUCAAAAGACAUGCAUGAGCUAGUUGCUGCAAUGCGGCUUGCUCAACAAUAUAGUGACACAACUUUAGAUAAUGAAUACAGAAAAAGUAUGUUGUCAGCAGCACAUAUUUUAGCAAUGAACGCCAAAAAUUUACUCGAUGUUGUUGAUUCAAUUCGUCAAAGGUACACAAAAUUAUUUCCUCCACAACAAUCGCAACAAAAUUUGUUUGUGUUACACAAUCCCAAUCAAAGUAAUUUACAUUCUUCGAAAAUCGAUAUACAGGAACCACCUACUGUUAUCUCAUCAACAGGUAAAAAUGAAGACGGAUAUGAAGUUAUGUCAACCGAAACAUACCAAAAUACUUCAAAAGCUUCUGACCCCUGCAUUUCUCAAAUACUUGAUGAAAAUAGUUGCACGAGCAGGGAUGGGGUAAUAUCAAAAUCGAUGGAAUUGAUUCAAUCGAAUUCAAGUUCCAUUAGCAAUGCCGACUCUUUGGGAAGUAUAAUUAUCGAUAAACCACUCAAAAUAAUUGAAGACUCAAAUAAUUCUGUUAAUAAUCAUGUGUACUCUAAUACCACUUCUCUGCAUGGACAUGUGUAAAACAUAUUCGUCAAUAUUAAUGUUUUGUACUUCAUAAUACUAAUAUUAUUAUAACUUAACUAUUUUUU